AUGGCCGCAAAACCUUUAACAACUGAAGCUAUUGCAUUGACAGAAAAGAAAAUGGACAUGAGCCUAGGUAUCUCUUUUUUUUUCAUAUACUUGAAACGUUGGUUUUUCCUGUAUUUGUUUGGAGGAAGUAAUUAUCAAUGCUUCGUUGAUGUUUGCAGAUGAUAUUAUCAAAAUGUCCAAGAAAAACAGUUCUAAUGGAAAAAAACCUCCUAGGAUUUCGGUUAGUCCUUUCUCCAUGAUUGGUUCACUCUUUUUUUAGCCAUAAUUCUAUUGAGUGCUGACAUUUCUAUCUGUCCUUUUAAUAGAAUAAGAGCCGAGGAUUCUCAAAACCUGUUGCUCCCCAGAGGAACUCCUCCAAGGCUCAAAGAUUUACGGAUUCAAGAGUGUUGGUUAGACAGGUAUUCUGAAGCUUCUCUAUGAGAUAUUUCUUGGUCCCUUCUACAUGCUAAUUUCCGAACUUUAUUCUGUGUUUAGGGUGUACUUGCGCAGAAAAGAACUAAUUUCCGAUCAAAUCAGUUUCCUUUGACUACUGAAGUUGCUAGAAAAGCCCAGGUUGCUCCAAUUCGCAAUAGAGGGGUCAAUUGGCACAACCAGAGGUAUGCUUUUGGGUAUAAUGCUUAUAUACUGUAUUUUUUGCCAUUUUCUAUAUUAUGUAUUUUUUUCUGGUCAAAUGCUUAUACACUUUUAUAUUUUUAGGUAAAUAAUGGUCCCCUCAUUUCAGUUUCAUCCUAUGUUCCUUAUGUUUCAUUAUGUCAACAUUAUCCAUGAUGCAAGCCCAGCUACAAUAAGAGUGAUGAUGUUGAAUUUGACAUUCAAGGAACUAUCUCUGGGUCUUAUGAAUACUAUGGUCUGAAUAAUAAUUUCAGUUUGGACAUAUUUUCAUAUGAAGUUGUCGAUUACCUCCGUUACAUUGCAAUGGAACUUUGUGUCAACGUUCUGGCUAGCGCAGUUUUUGUGGAGACUGCAGAACUCUGUUCGAAGUUAAUCUCAGCUGCAUUUAUCACAGGCAAGGUGACACUGUAGUAGCGUUUAUGCGUGCGGACCAGCGCUUAUUGAUGCACGUAACAUCUUUUGGUUCAAUUAGAUUGAUGUAGAUUCUUGCCUAAAGGUGAACUGAAAUAAAUAGGUUCCAAGGUGCCCAAGAACAUAUUGUUCAAGGUUAUUCAAGCUAUGCAGUUAGAACCUUUGGAUUCAAACAAGUGAUUGACUAGCAAUUUGUUUGUUUUGUGGAACUCGUACUUACUCUAUGCCAUCUGCUACGAAAUUUAGGGGCCAGUUGCAUGUGAGGAUUCAGUUGAUUCUUUCUCCAUUUGCACUCGUCUGUUCUUUGGAAAGCACUGAAUUUUGUGGAAGAAUUGUCCUCCUCCACAACUGAAUUCGUCGUCAUUGCCUUCCUUCUGAGGAUUCAUAAAUAGAAAUCCAUGAUACCUGCUGUAUAGUUCUGACAAGGCAACCUGGUCUGGGAUCUACAGUAUGUCUAUCCCCAAGCAGUGGAGAAUGACAGAUCCGUCCCUCCAAAACGCGGGUCAACUCAAGUCAAACCAUUUUAUCGGAAAUGGGCUGACAUUCCUGCCGUCAUUUUGUAUCACACGGUCAACAAACCUUCUCUCUGAAAUCGUGGCCUCCAUCGACGCUCUGUGCAACUGGCUGCGAUGAUCUGAGUGGAUGCAGUGCUAAAAACUGGAAUCAGCCACACCAUAUCAUAUCGGCAACGCUCGCAGUUUCUCUCUUAGCCGGAGGCCAUUUUGUUUGCCGGGCGGCGUAUAGUAUUAUCAUUGGGAACCAUUUUAAGCAUCAUUUUCUGAUUCUUGCCAUGCAUCAUUUGCUGCCCCCUCCUGGUGAGUGAUGAUUCUUCCAUGGAGCUUAUAUGGGCCACACUCUUUAUGGGGGGUACAAGACCGGAGACUGGUAUCUUCCCUGUCAUGUUUGUGGGCGUUGUUGAUUCUCUUUGACUUUUGAGAGGGUUUGACCGGUGUCUCAUGUGUUGAGAUGGUGAGUCUAUUCUGAAUCCUGAGCGAAGUCAACCGAAAUGUGUCCCUCCACAGGCAGAGAGCUCAAUCUACUCUGAGUGGGUAGUGAACUAAGGUUUAUUUAUGGGAAAAUCAAUGACGAAUUUUUGAUUCCUGGUGCAGAGUUGCAGCAGCCCCUCCCGCCCAGAUUCGCGCUCCUGAAAGCUCCAACGUGAAGGUAAGCUCUCUUCUUUACCUCACUUGAAACUUUCUUCGUCUCUCCAUUAGAGAGAGAGGAGCUCGUGCGGUACUGACGAUGUUUAGCACCGGCGCAGGAGAACGCGGUGAAACCGCGGCCGCAGACUCUGGACGCCCUCUUCGCCAACAUGAAGCAGCAGAGGAUGAGAGCGGCGAAUCAGCAGGUGCUGCGUGGCGCCGGCGGAGUGGGCGGUGGCGCCGCCGCCGCUGCCUCUGGCGCGACAAACCCGCAGCGGUGGCGGGGGCAGCAGCUGCGCGGUAGGGGUGGUGGAUUUCUCGUCGGCGCCACGCGUCGGCUGGUAACCUCCACUAAACGCUACUAA